ACAAAACUUUGUCAAAUGGGACGGACCAGUUAUGGAGUAUAGGGGGUAGGAUAUCUGCUAAUGCGGACCUAUUCUAUUGCGGUUAGAAUCAGCCUCAGGGCAUCCUCUAACCCCGGCCUUCCGCUCACACAGGAUAGGACAUCAGCUCAUGGGGCGGACCUAUUCUAAUGGGACUAGAAUCAGCACGCAUGAAUAAAUCAAUACCAGGCGUACAGUGAUCAUUUGCUGGAGAUACUCCAACUACUGGUAGCGGAUGUUAUGCUACGUCGUAUACACGAGAAAGAGGCGUCUGAAUCGUGGUGCAUGUAUGCAAGUGAUUGAAUAUAUAAACCGAUGUCGACGGAUGUCACAACCUCCAUUCAACAGUAAACGUGGGCGAGUGUGUAACUGAGUGACACGCCUAUCUCCGUGUGACAAUCGCAUUACAAGAAAUAACGUGCGUGAUCUUCAUACUAGUUAACAAGUUUACCAAACACGACGUGGCCCCAAUGACGACAUAGUGUAUACUCCAUUACCCAAGAAGAGUCCAUGACAUUAAGGAUCUGAGAAGGAAUUCUAUUUUGUAAUUCCGUGGAGACGUCGAAUUUAUCAAGACGCUGAAAGUCCAGUGUACAACAUUCAGACGACAUGCAUCAUAUCAUAGCGAGGAAGAUGGUUCUUGGGACACUGUGUUUAGUUUUGUUUUUCCUAGUUAUGAAGUCCCCUGUAAAAUGUAGCAACUGUUUUGACACGGAUUCUUUACUGAAGCAAGAUAGUGCCAUGGUGGGCUAUAUAUUUGACAUCGUGCGGCCUUCCACAAUAUAUGGCUGUUCUUCGGAGUGCCUCAGAUCAUCAACCUGCAGGUCAUUUAACUUUGAUCUGGUGACACGCACCUGCCACCUCAACAGCAACAUCAGCAAUCAUACCAACGUCAUCUUCAAACAAGGCUACGUCUUCAGUGACAUUGAGUUGUGGCCUGCGGCUCUGUCUGGUCCAUGCUGGGGGACCCAGUGUCCUGCUGGAUACCGAUGUACAGUCAACAGACUCGACCGUCCAGCUUGUCAGCAAGAAUUCCAAGGUUGUGGCUCACCGCCUCCAGGGGUACCAAACAGCGAGGUAAAGUAUGAUGGCCAUUACAUGGGAGCCGAGGCUAAGUACACGUGCACAGACGACUUCCGGUCCUGUCACAUGAAUUCCAUAAGCGUGUGCCAGGCAUCUACCGGCAUGUGGCAGAAAGUGACUGACCUCUGUGGACGCUUCAGAUUCCUAAAUACCGGCCGGGCAGAUUUCCCCUGUGGCCCAGCAAGUCGCUUCACUGCGACGUUGCAAGGAGUUCUGACGGAUAACAAGAUGGAAAUAGUGAUUCGAGGAGCCACAAAAGGAGCCACAACUUCUACAUUCCAUGUAAUCUUUAGAGUUGACCGAAACAGCAUCACAUACACCACAGUCUCUAACGGCACCUUUGGCACGACCGGGAAUGUAUCAGCGAUGAUUCUACCACCCCGCCAGGACUUUAACAUAGAAGUCCAACUCAAGGAAGGCGUUUACACGAUGGCGAUAGAUGGCGCCGCUUUGCCGCCUUUCCCGGAAAGACUAGCAAACGUACAACCCUACCGUAUAAUGGCACGCGGGGACGUCAACGUCAACACUGUCGUCAUUCAAAUAUGACGUUGGGGUCAUUAACUUUCAAAGGACAUAAUCCCAUAUUCUAUUCUCUGCCGAGUGACGAUACACUGAUAGCCACCCUUUGUGAUAUAUAGCGAUAAGUUCAAAGCUACGAGUGAUGGUUCAAGGCCAGGAUCGCCGUAACGGCAGCACUACACCUUACGUUAACACACUUAUUGACAAUUUUAAACAUUUUGUUCCAUUGUCUACACACACCGUGUGUUUACAAGCGCAUGACCAUGGCAGCUGUCCUGAUGUCACUAUGAGUCUACCUACGUACAAACAACUGUCGCACAUCGCCA